CUCUAGAAUAUUAUCCUUCACUACAAUCUUCCCAUAAACACAACUGCUUCAAUCGCAUUGCACUAGGCCAUCAUCACAAUGGCGUCUGUGCAGCAGCCAAACGCUCCUACCCCGAAGCCCUCGAAUCCUACCUCCUCGAUUCCGGAUACCUGCAAAGUCGUGUCCGCUGUAACGAUUGCGAAGAGUUUACUCGCGGAGGUCGCAAAGGAUCUGCAGCUGUUGGAGUACAAACCGAAGCUGGUUGGACUUUUGGCGAAUGAGGAUGAGCAUGCAAAGACUUAUGCAGAGUAUUCAGCGAAGACCUGCAAAGAGAACGGCUUCGACUUUGACCUCCGAGUCGUCUCGAAAGCAGAUAUUGAGGAGUCAAUUCUGGCAGCGAAUACCGACAAGAACGUACAUGGCAUCAUUGUCUAUUAUCCAAUUUUCCCCAGCCCUCGACAAGAUCAAUACAUCCAGCAGUUGGUAGCUUUGGAGAAAGACGUGGAAGGGCUAAGCCAUAAGUACAUCUUCAACAUGUACCAGAAUAUUCGAUUCCUCGAUAUACCCAUGUGCGGCCAGAAGUCUAUCCUUCCCUGUACACCACUUGCCGUUGUCAAAGUCCUCGAGUACCUGCAGAUUUACAAUACUAUCAUGGCAUAUGGAAACCGGCUUUUUGGGAAAACAAUCACUGUCAUCAAUCGGUCUGAGGUGGUUGGACGACCCUUGGCAGCUCUUCUUGCAAAUGAUGGCGCAAAAGUAUAUUCCGUCGACUUGGACGGUGUUCAGAUCUUUACUCGAGGUCGAGGCAUCAAGAAUGAUAAACACGAGGUUGCAGAAACAGAUAUGAAAUUGGAGGACUGCUUUCCACUCAGCGAUGUGGUUGUCACCGGAGUGCCUAGCAAGGCAUACAAAGUGGACGUCAAUAUGCUCAGAGAUGGCGCAGUCUGUGUCAAUUUCUCUAGUGACAAGAACUUUGAUGGCCCAGCUGUGAAGCAACAUGCUAGCAUUUAUGUUCCAGCAAUUGGAAAGGUCACCAUUGCUGUGCUUCUGAGAAAUUUAUUAAGAUUAUGCCAUAACCGCGAUAUGGCCGAGUCUUACAAACACAUGGCGAGACAAGCUCGAAGAUCCAUGGAUGUUUGCUCGCUACACGGAGUCAAAAUCGAAGCGGCGGAAGCGGUUGUGAAGAAAGCUAUCGCUGCUGGAUACCUGAACGAGAAAUCAGAUACACUGGCAGUUGAAGGGUCUCCCUUACCAGCUGGAUCGAAGGACAAAACCAAGACGGACGGGUUGAUGACAGAGUUAGAAACUCUCUGGAGCCAAUUGCCAGAACUCAACAUAAAAGAGCAAGCUGAGAAGCAAGAGGAAUUGGAUAGAUUAUUGCUGGCUCUUGACGAAAGCUUUCAGAAGGAAGAGAAAUAAUAACUUGGCAGAGUCUGUGAGCUUUUACCUUUAAAAACUUUGUGAGAAGAGGCACCAUAUGUUGAUAGGACGUCGGUUGUGGCAACGUGGUCUUGUGGCGUCUGUGUAUAGUUCUAGAAAUACCCCAAAACUUAUUGCAGCAGAACAAGAUUUGAUAUUCUGGAC